AUGUUAAACGGGCAGGAUCCCGAUUCCAUUACGGAAGAGGCCAAGGCCCGACUUAUACAUUACCAACAGUUUGAUAGCGAGAGGCAGUCGCUCCAGGCGGACGCUAAGAAGAUUAACGAGCUCGAACUCGAUCUAGAAGACCAGAAGAGAUCGCGGGCUGGUUAUCAGACGAAAGCCCUUAACCUCAAGGCCGAGGCGGACUGGCUUUUACAGAAACUUAACAAGGAUCCGUUCGUCGUCGUACUUAUCGACGGCGAUGGCGCCAAGUUUGCGGAUGAAUAUCUGCGCAACCCUGUCGCCGGCGCCGAGAGGGCUGCGAUGAAGCUCAAGCAGGCCGUCCGAGACAGCCUCCGGGAUACGGGACUUGAGCACGACGACGUGCCUAUCCUUGUUCGGGUCUACGCUAACCUCAUCGACUUGGCCAAGUCGCUGCGCAUGUCUCGCAUUAUCGAUUAUGACGACGACAUGCGCUUGUUUGCCGAACAUUUCACCAACACGAGUGCCGACUUCGACUUCAUUAAUGUCGGCAAGGGAAAAGAGAACGCCGAUUCCAAAAUUAGACGCAUGCUUAGCCACUACCAUAGAAACGUCCAGUGCAAGAAAAUAUUCCUGGCUGGCUGUUGUCACGAUAAUGGUUACCUGCAUGACCUUCGUGAUUAUAAGGGGGUUUCUGACAAUAGACUGGUGCUUUUGGAGACCACCCUUGCCGAGCCCGGCUUCAGAACCCUCGGAUUCCCCAUCUUACGUUUCGACGAUGUUUUCCGGUCUGAGCCGUUGGGCAAUGAGACGAGGCGCUUACCUCUGGCGUUGUCUACUAGAACCCGCUCGCCUCCGCAGCCGCCCCCAGGGUUCGGGCCUGGGCCGAUUGCUCGGCCCGUGCAGCCUGCGCAGAGGCCAGCCGCAACUGUGCUGCCCCCUCCGCAGGAGCAGAGGUCAUCUGCGUCAACUCCGGAUUCCCGCUCGAUGGCCACCGUCACGGCGUCGCCGAUCCAGUCUGUCUCUACGCCGGAGCAGGAGAAUUCCCAGCUGGCUACGCAGCCGCCUCGCGCGGCCAGCGUCAUUAGCUCGGGCAACGGCGGUACCUCUAUCAGCUAUGCUACGGCAGGUGGCGUCAACGAUCAUCAAAAUGUCACAGUUAAGGCCCCCAAACCUAAGAAACCGUCCAAGGUUAUUUAUUACAACGUGGAUAAUUAUCGCGUUGACCCGCCCACUCAGCAUCCGCCUAGAACCCCCGCGCAGUCAACCUAUCAGGCCAAGUUUCAGUCCAUCAAACCGUCGGUUUUUUGUAACGACUACUACCUUAAGGGCCGUUGCAAAUGGGGCGUUGGUUGUGACAAGACGCACGAUGCUGAGUUAACAGGCCCAGAGCUAGCUAUCCACCGGUACAAGGCCCGGACUAGCUUGUGUCCCGCUGGGCCAUACUGUGUCGACUACGAUUGCUACCUCUCCCAUCAUUGCCCUCGGGUGCCCUGUACUCGAGGAGACUCGUGCCCAUUUUACAAUACCGACAAAUGGGGAGACCUGCACCUUACUAAAGACCAACUUCAGCCAUCUACCAAAUGGACGGAGGGCACCGAUCUCCCCGAGCAUCUAUCAUAAGCUUGUUAUAACUACGAAAGAACCACAAAAAACCCCCGCGAUUUCUCGACGGGCCUUGUUUUUUUUUCAACUCAGCUUAUUUUAAUUUUCAGACAGGCACACCGAAAACGGAGGGGAUGUACUAUUCCCUGCCUAACCCUGCCCUGUUUUGCUUGCUCACUUCUGAUAUGUUGCGCACGGAUGGCAGGGUGUAUUACGUUGGGGCACAAUUAUCGGGAGGGACAAGCCAAGUAAUGGAAAAGGGGAGAUAUACGUAAAAUCAGGCGAUGUACUGCGAAGGUCGAAGAAGUGGUUGGAGGCCCGAGUAUUAAGGCAAGCUAAAU